GUUUUAGCCGACCUUUAACAUCAGCCUCACCAUCGGAGGAGUUAUGCAAAAGUACAAGGUCUACUGAAGUUCAGGAAAGUUCGUUAUAUAAAAGGUUUCCAUCGUAAGCAUGGGAGAGAAUGAUGAUUGGGAAUUUGAUAAAGAAAGAAAAAGAGAUCAUCCAACUACUGACCUUGACACACUAAUUCACUUUCUGAAGGCGGCUGUAGGAACUGGUGUAUUAGGUUUGCCUCUUGCCUUCAAGAAUAGCGGAUUAUCUUUAGGAGUUAUCUUCACAGUCAUUGUUGCAAUCAUAUGUACUCAUUGUGCUCUUAUUUUGGUAAAAUGUGCUCAUAUUGCUUAUAAGAAAAUGAGGGUAACAGAAUUGACCUUUCCAGAAGUAAGUGAAGCUAUUUUUGCAAAUGGACCUGAAUGGGGAAGAAAGUAUUCAACAUCAGCGAGGAUUUCUAUUGUUGUAGGUUUAUUUGCAACAUAUUUUGGAUCACUCAGUGUUUACACUGUUAUAAUAGCUCAAAAUUUUCAACAGGUAAUAGAAUGUCAUACUGGUUAUUCUUACAAUGUAAGAAUAUACAUAUCUGCAUUCCUUAUACCUCUAAUUUUGUUGACUUGGAUUCCGGAUCUCAAAUCACUUGCUCCUGUAUCACUGGUAGCUAAUGGAUUUAUGUUAAUCAGCAUAGGAAUAACUAUGUAUUAUCUCGUUGAUGGUAUUCAAUCUCCUCUUGAUAUGCCACAAGCUGCCUAUUUCACGGAGUGGCCCAUGUUUUUUUCAAUAACCAUUUUUGCCAUGGAAGCAAUUGGAGUGGUAUUGCCACUAGAAAAUAAUAUGGUGACUCCUAAACACUUAGUUGGAAUUUGUGGCAUUCUAGAUAUGGCUAUGAUUGUUGUAACAAUAAUCUACAUCCUCUUAGGUUUCAUGGGUUACUUAAAGUAUGGAGAUGAAGUUCUUGGCAGUAUUACCCUGAAUCUUCCAACAGAAGAUUAUGCUGCACAGGCUGUGAAAAUUCUUGUUGCUCUAGCUGUUUUCUGCACAUUUGGCCUUCAAUAUUAUGUAUGCCUUGAAAUUGUGUGGGGUGCUCUCAAAAACCGUUUUAAAACCCAUGUAAGGUUUUAUGAGUAUGUUGUAAGGACGAUCAUUACUUUUGCUGCAGUGCUACUGGCUGUAAUUGUUCCUACCAUUGGACCAUUCAUGGGUCUGAUCGGUGCUCUAUGUUUUGGAUUUCUAGGCCUUCUUGUUCCAGUUACUCUUGAAACUGUUUUAUACUAUGACGUAGGUUUUGGCCCUGGAAAAUGGAUUCUCUGGAAAAACAUAGGGAUUUUCAUAUUUGGAAUUAUGGCAAUUGUAUUUGGUACUCACACCAGCAUGAUUGAUAUUAUUCAUGAGUACACCGAUUAAUAGAGAACAUCUCAGCCAAUAUAUAAUAAGCAGUUUACAGUUUGAAAUGAAGAAAUUUUGGGAAUUAGGAUGUGCUGUUAACACACUUCCUGCCUUUUUGUUUCUUCAAAGAAUUUAACUGAAUUGUAUUUAUUUAUUUUAAAUCUUUUAUUCAUCUUUUUAAAAAACUAAUUCCACUUUUUUUGUUCUUAUCAUUGAAAGUGUGAUUGAUUAGGGUGUUGUUCACCAGUUUUUAAAAUAUUUUGAUUUAAACAAAUUAUUGUUUUGUCCUUAUAACUAAAAACAAAUAUGUAAAUAUAAUAUUCAAAUACUUAUUUUGAAAGAACUACUCUUGGCUUAAAUUUAUUUUUUCUGUUAUUUAAACAAAUUGUUUAAUGUAUCUUCAUUUUUAUCUUUGAAAUGUUCCUUUAGAUAUAAUUCUAAUAAAGAAAAAAAAUUAUUUUUCAAUGAAUCUUCAGUAAAUACUUUUUAUUUAUAGAAUAACAUAAGACAUUGAAUAUCACAGUAAGUAUUGUACUAAUUUUAUAUAAAAAUUGCACUUAUGCGUUGCAAAAAUUGCACUUAUGCGUUGCAAAAAUUGCAAUUAUGAGAAAGCAUUUAAUAUCAUUUUUUUUUUUAAUAGACCAUUUUUAUUUACUUACUGACUGGCACAACAACCCACGGUGGGCUCUGAAUUCUCAGACAAUACUGCACAUCGCUCCGGUUCUACAAAUGCUAAUAACAAGCAUUGCCAAUUCCUUCCUAUCAUUUUGGACUACCUCCUAUGGAUGCCUUCAGAUAUAAGGUGAAAGGGAGCCCCUUUAUCAAAAGAGGGUCUCCUCUUCGAAAAAUAUUUGAAAAUUAUGUCU